UAUAUCCUCACAUACUCUCACUCUUUGUGUCUCUUAAUUUGCUCACCAAUCGCCACCAUGUUGCCUCCGCUCCUCCUUCUCUUCGCGAACCUAGUCCUCCUCUCCUCCGCCCCCAACACCACCGCCUCCGCGGCGGCGGACCCGCCGAAACUAUCAGCUUACCAAGUCCUGCUGGCGUACGGCUUUCCGGUGGGGCUCCUACCCCAGGGAGUGACGUCGUACGAGCUGGAUCCGGCGACGGGGAAGUUCUCGGUGUACUUGAACAGUUCGUGCUCCUUCAGCAUAGAAGGGUACUCACUCAAGUACAAGGCGACAAUCAGCGGGACUAUCAGCAGGGGGAAGAUCAAGGACCUGAAGGGGAUACAGGUGAAGGUGCUGUUCUUCUGGAUCGACAUCGUCGAGGUUAUCCAGGACGGCGACGAGAUCGCCUUCUCCGUUGGGAUUCUGUCCGCCAGUUUCCCCAUCGAUAACUUCUACGAGAGCCCCCAGUGCGGCUGCGGCUUCGACUGUGUCAAUUCCGAAAGGCAGAGUAGCAGCAUCGCCGGAGAUGGAGAUGGAUUGAUGAUGAUGGAGAAGAAGAAGAAGUCGACUAUGACUAUGAUGAGUUUGAGGAAGGUAAUAAACCACCAUCUCUUUCAAAUGUAGUGUAAUUCAAUUAACCAAUUACGCACGCCUACAAUAACCCCUUCACCCACCCAUCUAGAUGUUUUUUUUUUUAUCCUGUGAUUGUAUGGGUUGUUGGGCUUCGGAGCUAUUAUUAGUAGUAAAAGAAGAAGAAGAAGAAGAAGAAUUGAGUACAGAGUUGGUGGUAGUAGCUAGUAGGUGAUGAGUAGUGUACUUGGUCAUCUGUAGUGAGAGCUCCUUCUUCCACUUGUAAAAGUAGCAAGAAAUAAAAUCCUUCCUGCUAUAAUUAGGGUGAGAUUUGAAUUCAGGCAGGCAGGUAUAUAUGAAAUAAAAUCCUUCCUGCUAUAAUUAGCUAGCUUUCUUGAA